AAGAAGAAGAAGAAGAAAGCGGAAGUCAGUUAGUUUUGGCUUUGUUGUGCUUUGUUGUGCUUCGGUCUGUGAACCGCCGACAUGGAUGUGAACAAGACGUCUUACUGCAUUGUGUUGGAUAAAAAGAGCAGAUCUAAAUUCAUCUGCUACACACGCAGAAAAAACGGCGCAUUCAACAUUUGUUUGACAGAUGCUGCUGACGUCUGGAGCGCAGAGUACACCGAGGACACUCUGAAACAGUUUAAACAGAAGUUUGCCUUGAAAUCUACAGAGGAUUACACCCUAAAACUCAGGUCGGCGUGUGGUAGCGGGGAUGUGUCUGUCUUGGUGCAUGACAGCAGUGCAGAGCUCCGUGUAGGCUCCAGUCCCGCUGACCUGAGUGUGACCCUGUCCAAGCUGGACGGUCCGCAGGCGACAGAGGAGCUCAAGGAGCUGCUGUUCAGGAUGGCUGACAGCCUCGCUCAGCCUGACGGUGGAUCCCCGUCUGUCAGUCCGGUGAAAGAUCACCAAAGGCGGCCGGCAGAGUUUGAGCCCCGACAGCAGCAGAACUACGCUCCAUCAGUGAUGGUAAAGAAACGACUUCCAGGAGCUUCACUCAUCAACCCAGGAAUGAAAAAAAAGCGUGAAGCGACCGGCGUGGCCUUCGAUGACGCAGAUGAUGACUGAUCCUUCUUCACACGACACAGACACGAUCUCACACUGCUGCUGCUCAACCAGCAAUGAUGCUCUGUUAAUCCUCUGACACACAGUUACAGUAUGAAGGUGAAGCGAAGCUUUUUAAAAUUGAUAAUAAUAAUAGUUUUUAUGGCGUGAGAUAUAAAUCACAGUGAAAACUUCAACAAUGAUUUUAAAUUAUUUUAAAUAUGUCAGAGCGAUGCAUGUGCCCUUCCCCCCCAGUGAUGUUUACAUUUUAUAAUAAGCUGAAUUUAAUCUCAUCUGGAAAUGAAAUAAAGAAUAAGCUGCAACAAAUGA